GCGAAGGCACAAGGAGACGAUCGACGAGUGAGACAAGAGGGGAGCGGCGGCUCGGAGCUGCGGAGCGGGGCCGCGCUCCCUCCCGACACGGCUCGGCCCUCCCGGCGCCGUGCUGGGCCGUGGGGGGGACCCGAGCCCCCUCCCAGCGCCUGGCCGGGCUCUCGGCCGCUGCCCGUGCCGGGGGGCAGCUCGCUGGCGGGGCAGAUGCCGAUUGAGAUCGUGUGUAAAAUCAAAUUUGCCGAAGAGGAUGAGAAGCAGAAGGAGAAAGAAGAAGGGGACAAGGAGAGCCUGAUCGAAGAGCCGGCUCGGCCGCGCUCCCGGGACCUGGCCGCGUUCGCCAGUGCCAGCACGCUGCACGGCCUGGGGCACAUCUGCGGCACAGGGCGGCCGGGCGUGCGGCAGACCCUUUGGGCACUCGCCUUCCUGGCCUCGCUCGCCUUCUUCCUCUACCAGGCGGCCAAGUCGGCACUGCUCUACCUGGAGCACCCCCACGUCGUGGCCCUGGACGAGGAAGCCAUCCGUGAGAUGGUCUUCCCCGCCAUCACCAUCUGCAACAUCAACCGCUACCGCCACUCCGCACUCACCGACGCCGACAUCUUCCAUUUGGCCAACAUGACCGGGCUGCCCCCCAAGGACCGCGACGGCCACAAGGCCACCGACCUGCUCUACCCCGACCCCGACAUGGCCGACAUCGUCAACCGCACCGGCCACCAGCUCGACGACAUGCUCAAGAGCUGCAACUUCAGUGGCGAGAACUGCUCCUCCCGGGAUUUCACGGUGGUCUAUACACGUUACGGCAAGUGCUACACCUUCAAUGGGGACCGGAGGAACCCUCGAGUGACCCGCCAGGGUGGCAUGGGCAACGGGCUGGAGAUCAUGCUGGACAUCCAGCAGGAGGAAUACCUGCCCAUCUGGAGGGAGACCAAUGAGACAUCUUUCGAAGCUGGCAUCCGUGUCCAGAUCCACAGCCAGGAUGAGCCGCCCUACAUCCAUCAGCUGGGCUUCGGUGUCUCACCCGGCUUCCAGACGUUCGUGUCCUGCCAGGAACAGCGGCUCACCUACCUGCCGCAGCCAUGGGGGAACUGCCGGGCCAGUGUGCAGGGAGAGCAGACACUGCCUGGCUACGAUACCUACAGCAUUGCUGCCUGCCGCCUGCAGUGUGAGAAGGAGGCUGUGGUGCGGAGCUGCCACUGCCGCAUGGUCCACAUGCCAGGCAAUGAGUCCAUCUGCUCUCCCAAUGUGUACAUCGAGUGUGCUGACCACACGCUGGAUGCAGCAGUGGAGGACAGCCAGGAGCGCUGCAGCUGCCCCACACCAUGCAACCUGACCCGCUACGGCAAGGAGAUCUCCAUGGUGCGCAUCCCCAACAAGGGCUCGGCACGCUACCUAGCCCGAAAGUACAACAAGAAUGAGACCUACAUUCGGGAGAACUUCCUGGUGCUGGACAUCUUCUUCGAGGCACUCAACUAUGAGGCCAUUGAGCAGAAGAAAGCCUACGACCUUGCUGGGCUUCUCGGGGACAUCGGGGGGCAGAUGGGCCUGUUCAUCGGCGCUAGCAUCCUUACCAUCCUGGAGAUCCUGGACUACAUUUAUGAGGUGAUCCGCGACAGGGUGAGUCGUGUCCUGCGGCGCUCCAAGCCACCUCUGAAGAAGCCCUCGGGGAGCAUUGCCACGCUGGGGCUGGAGGAGCUCAAAGACCAGAGCCCCUGUGAGACACUGGGCCGGCACGUGGAGGGCACCUACAAUGCGGGCAUCCUGCCCAACCACCACCACCGUCACCACUACCCUCACCAGGGCGUCUUCGAGGACUUCGCCUGCUAGGCCAGCUGGGGUCAGGGGGUUCCAGCUGGGGUUCCCCAUCCCUUGCAGCCCCAUCCUCAUGGAGAGGGAUUGUGGCCCUGGGACCGGCACUGUUGCUGCCCCCAGCCCCUUUGUCCAGCCCCUCCGCUUGCCCUGUCUCAAGCACACAGAGUUGGGGGGCUGCCCCACCAGCCAGCAGCAGAAGUGGCCUCACACCCUUGGCUGCCUGCAGAAGCAGACCAGCAAGGGGCAAGGACAGGCACACUAGGAGGGAUUGGGGGAGCAGGGGGCCCCCCGCAAGGCAGCACGUGCAAGGGGUGAGCUGGAUUUCCUGCAAACCCCUCCAAAACCCUUCCCACUGACCUCUCCUGAGGGGGGUCUCUGCCCUACACUGUCCCCCCAGGACCACUCAUCCCCUCCCAGAGAAUGUCGCCAUCCUGCUGCAGGUUAGGCAGGGCCGGAGGACACCCACCUGCAGUUUCACCUGCAUGGCACCACCCUGCCACCCAUCUGGCCCCUGGCACCACCACCACUGUGACACCCCCCAGACAUCUCCCCACCUUGCCCCAGUCCCACAUAGCCUGCCAGGGCUGAGGUUCCCUCCCCAC